CUCGGAAGCUGUUCGUCUGGUCGGAAACAGAGGGAUGACCUGGUUGCUGUCAGUGUUGGUGCCUCUUCUGAGGCUGUACCUCUGCGGAAUUAAAGUUCUUCUCUAUCAGAUGUUCAACAGAUCUUUUACGCUACCAGUCUUACCCAAGCAAAAUGGAAGGGUUGCCAUUGUGACUGGGGGUACCAGAGGAAUGGGUUUUGAGACAGCGAGACACCUGGCAAGUCUGGGCAUGCAUGUUAUCAUAGCUGGGAACGAAAAAGAAGAGGGCGAAGCAGCUGUCAGGAUGAUUCAAGAAGAAGGCAGCAAGGGGAAAGCUGAGUUCUUCUUCAUGGACCUGACUUCGCUGAAGUCUGUGCGACAGUUUGCUCAAACAUUCAAAAGCAGAGGUCUCCCCCUACAUGUUCUGGUUAACAAUGCUGGAACCAUGCUGGUUCCUGAGAGACAUACAGAGGAAGGCUUUGAGCUCCACUUUGUGCUCAACUACCUUGGCCAUUUCCUGUUGACCAACCUGCUGCUGGACGUGCUGAAGAGGUCGGGGAAAUAUGGCUGCUGCUCCAGAAUCGUCAACAUGUCCUCUGCUACACACUACGCAGGAGUUAUCCACAUGGGUGACCUAAAUAGGAAGAUAUGCUACAGUUCCCAUGGUGCCUACUCCCAAAGCAAACUGGCUCUGGUCCUCUUCACCUACUACCUGCAGGAACAGCUGGCGGCCGGUGGCUUCCCAGUGAUCGUAAACGCCGUGGACCCUGGCAUGGUGGACACAGCGCUGUACGACAACCUGUGGAGCCUCGCACAGGCACUGAAGAAACCAGUGGCCAAGACACUGUUCAGGACUCCGGCAGAGGGAGCAUCCAUAACCAUCUAUGCUGCGACUGCCUCUGAGAUGGAGGGCGUGGGGGGCUGUUAUCUGUACAACGGCGAGAAGAGGCAGUCCUCCGACAUCUCCUACGACUUUGAGCUACAAGCCGAGAUGUGGAAGAAGAGCUGCGAGCUAGUGGGCCUUUAAGAGGCCUCACCCACCCUGCUGGUAACCCUCACACAGGGAUAGCUCUACAUCUUCCAGAGUUAUCUGAGAGACGGUAUCUCACCAAUGAUAUGAAACCACUGCCUCACUUUACAUUGUCCCAACAUGGAUCUCCAUGCUCACCCGUAAUCCUGUGCCAUCGAGCAGUCGGGCACUUGUUGUUCUUGUAGGCACUGAACCAGACUAAUCUGGGUAUCAUGCCAAGUGUUUUCUCGUAGUGCAGCUUUGUUGUGUUAAAUAAUCACAGACAAUUUGAUCAUACGAGCAACCUAAAUGCCUUAGCGGUGCCUAUUUAAGCCUACAAACGUAUUAAUUUUUUUUGGGGGGCACGGAAUCUAUUUGUUUCCAUAUUUCUAAUAAGUAAUGUGUGUAAAUUGUAUAGAAUUCUACAAAACAAAUGCAGAUUUUUAACUGGGACAUUUUUUUUUAGUUUGAGUCUACUAAAAACAUACUGAUAUUAUGGAAAUUAAGUUUUCCCAGGUUGUUUCUAAGCCAAAAAGAAUUUAAAACUGACUCAACCAGAUCUAAAUGUUAAAAAAUAAAACAAUUGUAGUGCAAUACUAAUGGCUUUAGCUUUAGUUAACAGUCCAAAAUGCCAACCAAGUUGGAGCCAAUUGUUAGACAUUAUAAUUACAUCUCUUCUCCUUAUUGUGACAUUUAAGGAUAAGGCUAGCAAAAGUCUGUGUUUUUCUUGUCAUUAAUUCCAUGAAAAGAACAAAACCAACAAUGAGUCCCCCAUGCACCGUCCUGCUACUGGAAAUACCAAAUGUCAGUUAAUCCACCGCUGAAAAUAGUCCCCAACAAAAACAUAAUUUCCUCCUGUUUGAGUAACAUUUGAUUAAAAACCACAGUGAGCAGCUGUUUAAGAAAAUUACUGAGCCUUCAUAAAAGGUGAAACUAUAUUUGUGGACCGUUUUUAAAGAUUCACAUUAUCAGUAAGAACCAAUGGGCUUGGAGCUGAGAGCCACAGACAGAAAGUCUGAAAGUAUUGAGGCUAAAUCCCAUAGCCUCAAUACUUGACCGUAAGGAAAAUAUAGAAUUAAUCCAGCCUUAUCCUUUUAACAUUUUCUAUGUUUAUGUUUUCCAAAUGUUGAGAGAAAUGUUUUUAAAAUUUUUAGUCAGACCAUCUAAUGAAGUAUGGGUGUAUAUUUUCCAAGCGAAAAUCAGUUUUAAUGUUGUUGCUUGAAUCUGUGAAACGCAGUGAAAUAAUUUGUAUCAUGUAUGUUCUGGAUUAUCAGGAAGUGUAAUUGUGUCUUUUCAUGCUGAAAUACUGUGAGCUGCCAUAUUAUGAAUAUAGUUGAAUGUACAUUGUGUCUGCUGCUGAUCAGGACAACAUGAUUCUAGCUGUAUCUCAUUUCAGACACCAUCGCCAAAUUUGGGUAGAACAGUAAUGCGAGCCGGCUAAAACGCAGCAUAUGGUUUCCUUCCUGCUUAAAAGUACUACAGGGAGUUCUGAACUGUUCCACUUUAAUACUGGUGGCUCUAUAGGACCUAAACAAGACCAUCAGAGAGAAUACUGGCUAUUUCUAUGUAGUUAUUCUUAAUGCCUCCUCAAGGGCCGACAAAAUGAAAGUUCCUUGUAGGGCAGGGGUCUCACACUCAAACUGGCUUGGGGCCACUGCUGGUUUUGCCAUCUCUUAGCAAGGCUACUUCAAUGUUCAACUACUACAAGAAAGUGCUAUAUGAAAAUAUUUCUAUUACUAACAUCAUACUAAUACAUAAAGCUAAAUGUUUGCAGCUCACAAAUGAAGGCCUGAAACCUUCUCCCUUCUGUCUGCACGCAUUUAGUGUUUUUAUUUUUAUUCUAUAUAAAGUAAGUGGUUUUGAAACAACUAGAAAAAUCAUUAUAUAUUAUAUUAUAUUUUUGACAUCGUGUUGCGGGCCGGAAAUGGCCCCCAGGCUGACAGUUUAUGAUCCCUGUUGGAGAGGCUUUAAGUAAUGAUCAGAUGUGAUUGCUUAGAUUUAACAUGCAGGUAUCCAAUCAGCAAAGGUCCAACAGCCCCAUCUGCUUGAUAUUCCAAAAAGAUCAUAAAGGACCAAAGUCAUCGUAUAAACUACUGCAGCACUUACUGGUAACUGUUAUUAAUCGUGUUGUCUUACUUCCUGUUAGUAUAAAAAGAGUUAGCAUAAGACUCUUGUGUCUCUAAUAUCCUCUGCUCUGUUAUUGUUAUGCCACCUCCGCCCUGUAAAAUGUACUGUAUACAUUUCAGUUGCACUGUGUUGAAGCCAGUAUGGGUGUUUUUUGGCUUCUUUUUGAAAUCGUAGUUUAUAUUGUUUGGAUACUGGUAUGCCACACCACAAGGGGGCAGUAACAUGUUGGUGAUGGGUCACACAAUCAAGUCAUGAAUAAACACAGGUGCGUGAGGACAUAAUGUAGAGUAUUAAAUGACACAAAACAAUAGGGUCAAUUCUAAACCUUGCACAAGUACUAAGAGAACUCACUAAGAAGCACUGAGACAGAAGCUAGCCACGAUGGAUAACUAAAGGUACGCACAUCAAGAACACAUUGUAGCAUUUCAUUCAGUAGUGGGCCAGUUAACACUGAAAUUCAAUCAAAUGUCCAAUUUAUUGAUUAUAUAUUGCUCACCAAUUGUUUACAAUGAUUACUAAAUGAUGCCUUUUUCCAGUGUGUUUUAAUUUACAGUCAUAUAGUCUGUUUACAUUUAUUAUAUCAACAGAUUGAGAAAAAUGUCCCUCUAAUGGCACAAAUAUGUUAAUCACUAAUAAAUAAAUUGCUUUGAGAGUCUAA